AUGAUCACCAAUAUGCCUGGAGCCAAGUACACCGAGACCUACAAAAAGGUCAGCGCCAUGGGCGAGAAGCUCAAGGCCGCUGGAAAGCAGGGACCUAGCAACGAUGAGCAGCUACACUUGUACGCGUACGCCAAGGUAGCAGAGGGCAAGGACUUCAGCGAGGCCAAGAAGCCUGGCAUGUUCGAUCUUGCUGGCAAGGCCAAGUACAACAAGUGGAAGGAGGUUGUUGACGCCGGUACCACCCAAAAGGAGGCCGAGGACAAGUACGUCGAGUUGGGCGAGCAGCUGUUGGCCAAGCACGACAACUAA